AUGGGGUAUAUUCGUCACCUUCGUCACCGCAGCCUGCACGAGAUGCAUAACGAGAUCGGGAACAUUGUUAUCAGAGACCCUCAGAAAUCAGAUGGGAAUAGCAAAGACAACGGCAAAGGCAAUGGGAAUGGGAAUGGCAAAGGUGGUGGCAAUAGCAAAAGCGAUACCAAUAUCGAUACCACAACCAGUGCCGCCAGCACAUCCGUCACUGACAAUGUCAACGAUCCCGUCUCAAACGUCGUCUCUGUCGUUUUUGUUACUGCAUCUCCCACGUUCACAGGUGAUGUGGGCGGCUAUGUCACCCUGACUGAUCCAACUCCUGAGGCUUCUCCUGAGCCCUCCCCCGAGCCAUCUUUCACGUAUACUGUCGAUCAACCACAAAACUUUGAGCCCAGCAGUAGUCAGGCCGUCUGGUCACCGGCAAGCAGUACGGUGGAAUUUGUUGAAACGACAGCUCAAGCACCAUCAUCUACCAAUUUCGAGCCAGCCACAACAUAUAUACCAUCACCGGCCAGCAAUACAGCAGCUGUUAUUGUUGCCGACUCAUCAGCAGCUCCUUCGUCGAUUUUGGCAUCUUCGGUAGCUUUGGCUGUGUCAUCCUCAACCCUCCUCUCUUCCUACCUGCCAAAAUCGAGCACUAUUGGUGUCAGUCGUUCGCUUGCAAGCAUGACUCCUUCAUCCACGGCGGCAGCAGCAGCGGCAGCAUCCUCUUCCGAAGACAUGUCUUCUGGUGGCAAAGCUGGUUUGGCCAUCGGUAUAAUCGCAGUCAUCGGUCUAAUUGCCGGCGGUGCUCUGUGGUUGAUUUGGAAAAAGAAGAAAAGCACUAAAUGGCAAGAGACAGAUGAUGAAAAGACCGGAUUUGGUAACACUGUGGGAGCUAUGGCCAGCAAGCCGCAGAGCGCAAAGUCAUUUGGUGCUCAGUCAGAAAAUCAAGAUGCUUCUGCAUCUCGUCUUAGUCCUGGUCCUGUCACUCAAUUCACCCCUGAUCUUGCUGGCGCCAAGAAGGGGCUGAGCGGCAAUCCCCUCAACAAAACCAACCAACCAACAGGCAUGGCUGCUGCUGGUGCCAGUCGCAACCUAACUCCUGAGAACCCUAGCGGCAGUCCAUGGGAACGCCGUGCAGGCGGUGAGAGCGGUGAGAGCGCUGGGAAUCCUUUCAAGGACCCUGUCAACCCCUUUGGUGACCAAUCAAAAGUUGCUGCUGCUCAAUCACCACCUGACGUAACGGUUACUCCCCCAAUGUCUGCGGAUGGGCCUGCCCCGGCUGCUGUUAGUGCUGUUACUGUGGGCGCUGCUGUUGGUGCAGCCGGCGUUGCUGGUGCCGCUAUUGCCGCUGGAGCUGGAAAGAAUGGUAAUGGUCAUCCCAAGAACCGUCCAGGUAGUCCAGCAGGUGGUCCCCCUCCAGGAAAUGUCCAUCGCGUUCAAAUUGACUUUAAACCGUCCAUGGAAGAUGAACUUGAGCUUCGCUCUGGCCAGCUUGUCCGACUUUUGCACGAGUAUGAUGAUGGAUGGGCUCUCUGUGUUCGUCUUGAUCGUUCUCAACAGGGUGUUGCUCCUCGAACCUGUCUUUCAGCGCGCCCUGUCAAACCGCGUCCAGCCAAUGGUUCUCCACGACUGGGUCCAACUGGACGACCGAUGACUCCCAAUGGUGGGCGUUCAAUGAGUCCCGCUCUUGGUCGUCCGAUGUCACCUGCUGGCGGUCCAGGUUUCCGUCCAAAAUCACCUGCUGGCAGUAAUGGGCCAUCUCGACCCGGAACAGCAAACAGCAAUCGACCCUUCUCACCACCCAGUCCCAGUCAAGUUACAAUGAUGCCACAAACUUCACACCAGAUGGCUCCUGGUCAAUUCAACCAGGCUCCUCGUCCGCUGUCACCAGGUCCAGUCGCUCGUGGUCCGCACAUGCAACAGCCAAAACGAAGCGAAUCUCCCGGUCCAUACCUUGCUAACUCAGGGCCAGUGCCCAUGUCCCCAAAUCAACGACGGCGAAGCAAUUCAGCUAGUGCUGUUCAGGCCAGACGAAAUAGCCCACCUGGUGCAAGUCCACUAGGUCGUGAAGAUCCAACGCCAGGUUGGAAGCCUCCAAAACCAGAGGCUCAAAAUUCUAUGCCUGGUGUUGCUUUGUGA